AUGACAGCUGCGUUGCCUGGGCUCUUCACUCGGCCUUACUUGGUCUUCAACAAUCAGUUCGGUGUUCCCAUCUUCACCGACAACGAUGAGGACGGCGUACCAACCAUUAGGAACAUACCCCUGGGAAUAGUCAGCUUCGUUAUCAUCCUUGACGCACUCGCUCGGGAGUACAAGUAUGGCAGGACCUUCACGGACGACCAGAUGUCCAUUUACCGCUCGCUGGAAGCCAGGUUAGACAACUCUUAUGGACAAGACGGUCGAUUUUGUUUACUACGGUUCAUCUGCGAGGUGCAGAAGUAUCCCAUAGAGGAGUGGACCAUUGUGGGCCAGCUGAUAAAUGCAGUCUUCACGCCUGGAGAGGACGAGAGAGAGGAGAUGGUGGAGUACAGAGAAGCACGACUGACUGGGAGGCUGGAGGAGCCCGAAUCUUGCAUCUUUGCCUAUGGUCAUAGGUGCCCCUUCAGCAUUUUCAACUACUUUUCGGAACUCGAUGUGCUGAUGGCACAAGGUGACCUGGACCUAGAGAGACAAGGUGACCUGGACCUGGAGAGAGAAGGCGACCAGGACGGGUAUAUGUAAGAUUACGAGGGCAGACAAGGCGACCCUGAAGGGAUACUGUGAUCCGGACCUAGAAAUAGACGAUGUGGACAGACAAGAAGACUUGAAUCCUGGGUACAAAAGGAAAUGUGGAGAGACAAAAUAACCUGGAUACAGAGAGACAAGGCCUAAGGCCUAUUAGUUGUGCAAUUAAAAGUAUGUGAUUAGAAGUAAUUUAUCAACACCGGAUGAAAAAAAAAAUAUAUAAAAAAGGAAGUUAUAUUUAUUAAAAAAAAGAAUGCGACUUUAAAUAUAUGGCGAUCAGUAAUUCCUCAACAAACUACAAUGUGCCCACAAAAACACUCUCUGAUUUCAAACAGGUAUAACGUGUACCUUUAUUGUAAUAAUCUUUCACAGUUAGUAGCUUCAGAUGCAGGAUUUCAUUCGGUUUCAUGUGGUAUAGGGUAGCAUUAAAGGCACUCAGUGUGCGUCCCUCUGGUUGCUCGGCAAACAUCGAUGCGAUAAUCCAGUUCGGUUCAGACGCUCUGCAGCAUAUCUGGUGUUAUCAUGCGAACUGCUUUAGUGAUUGAAAGUAUCAGCUCCUCCAGGGUUGCAGGUAGUGGUGGUACGUAAACUGUGCUCUUCACGUACCCCCAAAGAAAGAAGUCACAAACAGUUAGGUCCGGUGUCCUCGCAGGCCACUAUGAUGUGGUACCUUGGGUACUUAACUGACAGCUGGAACAACGGAUUGGGAACAUAGCUGACAGCUAGAAGAACUAACUGGGAACUUAGCUGACAGCUAGAACAGUUGAGACAACAGAUUGUACUGACAGCUGGAACAACAGAUUGGGAAACUGAAAGCUGGAACAACAGAUUGGGAAACUGAAAGCUGGAACAACAGAUUGGGAACUUAACUAACAGCUGGAACAACAGACUGGGAACCUAACUAGCAGCUGGAACAACAGAUUGAGAACUUAACUAGCAGCUGGAACACCAGGCGUCUCCAGGUAUACUCCAGAUAAGUCAGACGAACAGGCAGCACCUUCAAAAUGCACACAUGCGUGUGCUGCUCACGACACACUGAUAUAGUUUGGGUUCAUCUCAUCAGUCUUGCAGAGGUUAACCCAAGACUCACGAAAUGUUAAUAAUGCGAUUGCAAAGAAACCACGGAACGGAUGGGGUUUAAACCGAUGGCGAGUGGGUCGUGAAACUCCAGGCCAGUGGCUUACGCACUGGUCUGGAGUUUUACGACUCACUCGCCAUGGGUUCAAAUCCUGCCCGUUUUUUUUGGUUUGUUAGGUUAACCCAAGUUGUUAUAUGAAUUUUGUUUUAAUUAAA